CCAUGAAGUUAAUGACUAUAAUAUUGACUCUGCCUCAACAUCAUUUGUACUAGCGUCAUCCGUCACUGACUUGGAUACCGUCUCGAUUAACAGCUCAACUACUAAUGAAACUGCCAAUAGAGCUAUUAUCCAAACUUACAGUGAAACCUCCAGUCAGCUUGCAUCAUUAAAGUGUACAUCUACUGUAUGGAACAGUUUUUCCAAAGUAACUAAUGAAAAAAAUGAAGAAAAAGCCCAAUGUAACUAUUGUAAUAAGUUGUUAAGUCACAAAAAAGGAUGUGGAACAUCUCACCUUCAGCAUCAUUUUGAUGCCUGUCUUAAGUACCAAAGGUUCUUAUAUCAUACUGGUUCGAAACCAACACAG